CUCUUAUAAAUUGAGAUCAUAAAGAUAUAAAAUGAAAAUAGUUGAUCAUAUUAUAAAUUCAAAUAAUAUGGGAUGGGAGGAUAAAAUUAAGAUGAAAAGAUGUAUUCUACACUAAAUCAAAGUUAGAAUAACUAAGCCAAUAAGAGAUAUCAAUUUAUUGAAAAGUUUAGAGUUGAUUAAUUUUAGACAAGGUUGUAUAAUCUUUAAUUGUUAAUUAAAUUCUAUGCUUAAAUUUUUUUAUGAAAUGCUAUCUAUAUUAGAGUUAAUAGUUGUUCCAUUUUGA